AUGGACAGGCGGGGGGCAGCCUAUAUGAGCCGGCCCCAGCGCAUUAAUCGGCUUUCUGUCCUGUCCACCCCGUCGGUUGUGUGGGAACGUCGGGGCCGGAGCCCGCAGAGCCGCCGCCCCCUUCCCAACAACCGCCUGCUUCUCCCCCCUGUUCUCUUCUCCACUCCCGGUUUUUGCCGUCUAGGCUCCUGGGUCUGGCCAGAGAUGCCGUCUGAGAGCGGGGCUGCGAGCCCGGACGCAGCAGCGGUGGCGGCGGCUGCAGCGGCGCCCCCGGCCCUGGUCACUCCCGCGGCAGCCUCUACCCAUAAACGAGGGGGUCUCAGCCCGGAGCGUUCCUCCGGAGUCCCACGACGGCGCUUCAGCCGGUUGAGCUGGACGCAGGUGCAGAGACUGGAUGCCCUGCUGGGCGAGGAGGUCCCCAUCCACGGACGUGGUAACUUCCCCACGCUGACCGUGCAGCCGCGCCAAAUCGUGCAGGUGGUCCGGAGCCGCCUGGAGCAGCUGAGGGUCCCCGUCCACAGCGUCCGCCUCAACGGCUCCGCUGCCAGCCACGUCCUCCACCCAGACAACGGCCUGGGCUACAAGGAUGUGGAUCUCAUCUUCCGAGUGGAUCUACAGGACGAGGCUGCCUUCCAGCUGGUGCGAGACGCCGUGCUGGCCUGCCUCCUGGACCUCCUCCCAGCCGGUGUGAACCGGGCCAAGAUCACGCCCCAGACCCUGACGGAGGCCUAUGUGCAGAAGCUGGUCAAAGUGUGCACGGACACGGACCGCUGGAGCCUCAUCUCCCUGUCCAACAACAGUGGCAAGAACGUGGAGCUUAAGUUUGUGGACCGCCUGCGACGCCAGUUUGAGUUCAGCGUGGACUCCUUCCAGAUCAUCCUGGACUCCAUGCUUCUGUAUGGUCAGUGCUCGUCCACGCCCAUGUCUCAGGCCUUCCACCCAACAGUGAUGGGCGAGAGCCUGUACGGGGACUUCGACGAGGCGCUGGCGCACCUGCGGCAGCGACUGAUUGCCACCCGCAAUCCCGAGGAGAUCCGAGGCGGGGGCCUGCUCAAGUACUGCCACCUCCUCGUGCGCGGCUUCCGGCCCUGCCCUGGCACCGACGCGCAGGCCCUCCAGCGCUACAUGUGCUCGCGCUUCUUCAUCGACUUCCCAGACUUGGGGGAGCAGAGGCGCAAGCUGGAGCGCUACCUGCAGGCCCACUUUGGUGGGGGCGCCGGCCCUGCCUGCUAUGCCUGCCUGGUGACCCUGCACCGGGUGGUGAACGAGAGCACUGUCUGCCUCAUGGGCCACGAGCGGCGCCAGACGCUGGACCUCAUCGCCAUGCUGGCCUUGAGGGCGCUGGCGGAGCAGGGCCUUGUGGGUGGCACUGCUUUGGCCUGGCACUACCAACCUACUUCCUACCCUGGCAGUGAUGGGGCCGCCCCUGCCCUCAACUACUAUGUGACCCCCCUCCAGCCACUGCUGGCCUGUGGCCACUCCACCUACCCAACCUGGCUGCCUUGUAGCUGAGCUGAGAGGGGUGGAGGAGCGGGGUUCCCCAUCCUCACCUCUGGAACCCGAGCCAGCUAGGGGAAACAUGGAUCUAUCCCCAACCGCAUCAGGCUCUAGCACUGUUAGAUGCUGCUUACCUAUUUGCUGUUGGGUUGAGGGUGGGGACGGGGUUUGGGGUGUCUAAAGGAGUUGGUACUGAUCAAGCCCGGCCUAGAGGGAGCAACGGGGAGCCACAGCCUUGGGGGGUGGGGGUGGUUCACAGCAUGGGGUCAACCUAGUCCUCAGUUCUUUUAACAGUCUUGUCAAGACCCCAUUCUUCCAGCUGUGGCUAAAAACCCCUGCAGGCCAGGCUCCCUGCCCACCAUAAGAACAGUCUCUGAAGGGUCACCUCCCUUUGUGCAUGUGCCUUGGCGGGGGACAGGUCAAGGCUGUUCAGAGCCAAGCCUGAGGAACAAGGUGGGGGAGGGUGGCAUCGAUAUGGGGCUGAUGUGUGUGGUGUGUCGCCAAAACAAGUGUGACUGUGGGAGGGGGCAGUGAGAAAUUUCCUGUACAGGAACCUGGUCGUGUUUGAACAAUGGCACACGGGAAAUUACAGUAUAACCUCUCCUGGGGCCACUCUGAUGCACAGCCUUGAUGAGGGCCUCUCACUGCCUCUGAGUAUAUGUCAGGUGGGCCAAGAUUGGCCCUGGAAAGGAAAGAGUUUUAAGACAUUUUGGGGGACACUGAAGCAUGGCAAGCCAGCUAUCUGGACACAUGCAGUGAAGAAAUUUGCCAUCUUGGCUUUCUAGAACUUGUUUAGGCAUGGGGGCUGAGGACACACAGAGGGCAUGAUGCCAGCCCAGCUUCGAAGACCAAAUGCCCCAUGGAACGUGCAUAAGCAGCCUGGAUUUCCUCCUCCCCAGUCACUCCCCCCAAGGAAGACCUGAUCUCGUAGGAACUGGAUGGAGAUCUGGCCUUAGGAAGAGAAGGGUUACUAACAGGCUAGGAGAGCUAAGGGCAGCUAGGUGCCACAGUGCCAGAUCUGGAGUCAGGAGGACCUGAGCUCAAAUCCAGCCUCAUACACUUGC